AUGCGAGAUCGACAUUCCUUCCAAUCAGACCUUGGCUCGGCCGGAAGGGUUUGGGGACUCCGCCAUAGACUCAUCAAGGGGCCCUGCAAGAAGGUAGAGCUCGAAGCCAUGCAAUAUGUCGCCAAGCGUACCACUGUACCUGUUCCAAAAGUCUUCACCGUCUACCCAUACCACGAUGCACGGAUCCAUAUUGAAAUGGAAUAUAUACGUGGAAUCGACCUGGAAACCGCCUGGCUUGAUGGCCAUCUGUCACACGACCAGAAAAAAAAACAUCUUAUCAGUGAAAUUGCCGGCUAUGUCAACCAGCUGCGAAGCCUCGAACCACCGCAUAAAGGAUUUGUCGGGUCGGCAAGCGGGGAAGGUGGUCUUGAUGGUCGUGACUGUGCACAAGUAUUUGGCCAAGAGGUUACCGAUUCCCAUACACGUUAUUAUCGAAGCUGUUUUAGCCAUGCCGAUCUUGCUCCACGGAAUAUCAUUAUUGAGAAUGGGAAGAUUGCGGCUUUAAUCGAUUGGGAGUAUGGUGGCUGGUACCCAGAGUACUGGGAAUAUACCAAGGCUCAUUAUGUACCGGUCGGGAUGUCUGAUUGGUACGAAGGGUUGAAAUCAGCUAUCACGAGGUAUGAUGACGAGCUGAGAGCCGAACAAAACCCCUGGACACAAUGUGAGCUACCAGGGAUGCACUUCUAA